CGCCCCCUCUCUCUUCUAGCUUCUCCUAUUGGCUCCGCCUCGCUCCGUCCAGCUCCAGCACCUGUAGGAAAUGGAGCGUCUUCCCUACGUCUUGUGGAGCGGCGUAAAGUUCCCGGGUAGCGAUUGGUGGAGAGCGCUGUCACUCAGGCCCAGAAAGCGCUUCCUGUGCAUGCGCAGGUGGGCGGAGGGAAGUCCUGCUCGCUGGAACCGGCUGUGAGGCGGCGGCUGCAGGAACGGGCCUGGCGGUCUCAGGAACCUCUGCCCGCUUCCCCUCGUCCUCCCCGGCCGGAGGCGACCGGCCACAGCUGCAGUGGGCCCCGUGCACGCGGCCUGGGUUUUUCAGAACGCCUUGAGCAUGGGUCCCACACAGUGGGACUUCCCCGUGGAGUUAUGUUGUCGGCCGAUGGCCUUUGUCGCUCUCACCGGCCUGGAUGUGGUGUAUAAUGCUGUCCACCGAGCCGUCUGGGAUGCUUUCUGUGCCAAUCGGAGGGCUGAUCGGGUACCAAUUUCUUUCAAGGUGCUCCCAGGGGACCACGAGUAUCCCAAAUGUAGACCCAAGAGAACUUCCUACGAGUGGUACAUUCCGAAAGGGAUCCUGAAGACCGGCUGGAUGAACAAGCAUCUGAACCUGGUGCCAGCCCUGGUGGUUGUGUUCUACGAGCUGGACUGGGACGAGCCGCAGUGGAAGGAAAAGCAGUCCGAGUGCGCCACCAGAGUGGAGAUAGUCAGGCAGAGUUUACAAGGGAGAAACACAAAAGUUGCAGUGGUUCUGAUUCAGAAGAAAACCCCGUUGCCCCCAGGAGAGGAUGUUAUGGCUUCAGAAAGGGCUGCAGCUUUAUGUAAUGCGUGUGAACUCUCAGGAAAAUCUUUGUUUGUCCUGCCCCACACUGACCACCUUGUGGGUUAUAUUAUAAGACUAGAAAACGCCUUUUAUGAACAUGCACAGACCUAUUACUACACAGAAAUCAGAAGAGUGAAAUCUCAUAAAGAAUUUUUGAAUAAAACAACACACCAGCUUUUAUUUGUUAGACAUCAGUUUAAAAUAGCUUUCUUCAGUGAGUUGAAACAAGAUACACAAAAUGCGCUGAAGAAUUAUCGGACCGCCUAUAAUCUUGUACAUGAAUUGAGAGCCCAUGAAACUAAUAUUCUGGAAAUUAAGACUAUGGCAGGAUUUAUAAACUACAAGAUUUGUAGGCUAUGUUUUCAGCACAACACCCCUUUGGAUGCAAUUGCUCAGUUCCGAAAACACAUCGACUUGUGUAAGAAAAAAAUCGGAAGUGCGGAGUUGUCCUUUGAGCAUGCUGCAUGGAUGUCUAAACAAUUCCAGGCCUUUGGAGAUUUAUUUGAUGAAGCUAUUAAGUUAGGGUUGACAGCUAUUCAAACUCAGAAUCCUGGUUUCUAUUACCAGCAGGCAGCGUACUACGCCCAGGAGCGGAAGCAGCUCGCAAAAACCCUCUGCAGCCAUGAAGCUUCGGUGACGUAUCCCAAUCCCGACCCCUUGGAAACACAGACAGGCGCUCUUGACUUCUACGGACAGCGGUCCUGGCGGCAAGGAGUACUAAGUUUUGACCUUUCGGAUCCUGAAAAAGAGAAGGUGGGAAUUCUUGCCAUUCAGCUGAAGGAGAGAAAUGUUGUUCACUCGGAAAUAAUAAUAACUCUUCUGAGCAAUGCUGUUGCGCAGUUUAAGAAGUAUAAGUGUCCGAGAAUGAAAAGUCAUCUAAUGGUCCAGAUGGGAGAGGAAUAUUACUACGCAAAGGAUUACACCAAAGCUUUGAAGUUGCUGGACUACGUGAUGUGUGAUUACCGCACCGAAGGCUGGUGGACUCUGCUCACGUCGAUACUGACGACAGCUCUCAAGUGUUCCUACCUGAUGGCCCAGUUAAAAGAUUACAUUACUUAUUCCCUAGAACUCCUUGGAAGGGCUUCAACUCUGAAAGAUGACCAGAAAUCUCGGAUAGAGAAGAACCUCAUCAAUGUUUUAAUGAACGAAAGUCCUGAGCCUGAGCCUGACUGUGACGGCGCCGCUGUGAAAACUGCUCAGAAGCUGUGGGCGGACCGGGUCUCCCUGGCCGGCAGCAACGUGUUCACCGUCGGGGUGCAGCACCUCGUGCCAUUCGUGCAAUGCAAAGCCAAGUUCCACGCCCCCAGUUUCCACGUUGAUGUGCCUGUGCAGUUUGAUAUUUAUCUGAAGGCUGACUGUCCGCAUCCCAUCAGGUUCUCUAAGCUCUGCGUCAGCUUUAAUAACCAGGAAUACAACCAGUUCUGUGUGAUCCAGGAAGCGUCCAAAGCAAGCGAAGUUUUAGAAAACUUGACUCAGGGGAAGAUGUGCUUAGUUCCUGGAAAAACGAGGAAGUUUGUGUUUAAAUUUGUUGCAAAAACUGAAGAUGUGGGAAAGAAAAUUGAGAUCACCUCCGUGGACCUGGUGCUGGGCCACGAGGCGGGAAGGUGCGUGGUUUUAAACUGGCAGGGCGGAGGCGGAGACGCCGCUUCCACCCAGGAAGCCCUCCAGGCCUCGCGCUCUUUCAAACGACGGCCCAAGCUCCCCGACGACGAGGUGCACUGGGACAGCGUCCUGGUCCAGGCCAGCACCAUGGUCAUCUCCAGAGUUCCAAGCAUCUCGGUGCACCUGCGGCACGACCCUCCUGCCCUGACGAACGAGAUGUACUGUUUGGUUGUGACCGUUCAGUCCCACGAGAAGAGCCGGAUCCGAGACGUGAAGCUCACUGCAGGUUUGAAACCCGGACAGGAUGCCAAUCUAACUCAGAAAACUCAGGUGACGCUUCACGGGACAGAGCUGUGCGAUGAGUCUUGCCCGGCCUUGCUCACCGACAUUCCCGUGGAGGACCUGCAUCCCGGGGAGCAGCUGGAAAAAACAUUAUACAUCCGCUGUGGCACAGUGGGUUCCAGAAUGUUCCUCGUGUAUGUUUCUUACCUGAUCACUACAACUAUUGAAGACAAAGAAAUCGUCUGCAAGUGUCACAAGGAUGAAACCGUAACGAUAGAAACCGUCUUUCCAUUCGACGUAGCAGUGAAAUUUGUUUCUACAAAGUUCGAGCACCUGGAGAGGGUCUACGCCGACAUCCCCUUCCUGCUGAUGACCGACCUGCUGAGCGCCUCCCCCUGGGCCCUCACCAUCGUCUCCAGCGAGCUCCAGCUCGCGCCCACCAUGGCGUCUGUGGACCAGCUGGAGUCCCAGGUGGACAAAGGGACUGAAGGACUCGUGCUUGUAGUUGUCUUGCAGACCGGAGAGAGCGCGAGCGAGUGCUUCUGUCUGCGGUGCCCGGCGGUGGGGAACGUGGAAGGUGGCGUGGCCACGGGGCAUUACGUGAUCUGCUGGAAGAGGACCUCGGCCGCGGACAGCCUCCCUGCCAUCAGCACCGCCAUCACCCUGCCGCACGUGAUCGUGGAGAGCAUCCCCCUGCACGUGAGCGCAGACCUGCCAUCGUUUGGCCGAGUCAGGGAAUCGCUGCCCGUCCGGUAUCACCUGCAGAACAAGACCAGCCUGGUUCAGGACCUGGAGGUCUCCGUGGAGCCCAGCGACGCCUUCAUGUUCUCGGGCCUUAAACAGAUUCGGUUACGGAUCUUACCUGGCACCGAACAGGAAAUGUUAUACAACUUCUACCCUCUCAUGGCCGGAUACCAACAGCUGCCAUCUCUCAACAUCAACUUGCUUAGAUUUCCCAACUUCACAAACCAGCUGCUCAGGCGUUUCAUACCGACCAGUAUUUUUGUAAAGCCACAGGGCCGACUCGGGGACGACGCCUCCAUCGCCGCUGCGUGACGUUCCUGCCGGGCCUGGCCGUGCUCGCAGACGCUGGACAGAGCCCCCUGAGGCUUUCAUUCCGAGCUGUAGCGUUGAUCGUGGUGAACGUUAAUCUUUAUUUUUUAAUGGAUGUUAUACCAGCUAUUCAGAGGAACUCGUGCAUAAGAGAUUAGCAAAGCCUAUCCUCUGCGUAGUUUCACUAAUAAAUCUUUGAAAUCUGUCAGUGCGACGUGACAGCUGUCAGACCAUUAUUGGUGAAAGUCAUUUGUGAAUAGUAAAUUCUUUCCAACGUAGUGAAGUGCAUGUGCAGCUUCCGGAAAACCCAGCCCUACCGGAGUGGACAGGAGGGGCAUGCACUGGGUCCAGGGGAAGCUCUCCAUCCCCAGCAGCCCACGGGGCUCACCCCGAGGUGGUCAUCCUCACAACUCAGUGUGUGCUCACGGCGCGGACACAGCUGAGCAGCCACCCAGGACCGAUCCAGAAGACUUGCCGACAGCUUUCAUUGGAGCAGUCUGAGCUGUCUCACACGUUGCUUCGCUUACCACCAAAUCAUGUCAGAGGGUCAGCUCCCACCAAGCGUGCUUGUCUGUGGGGCGGGUUUGUGUGUGUCAUUAAGACCCUUAUCUGUAAGGGCCCAAACUGCAAGGACCUGGUCGUCAGCGUAAUUCCCUAAACAGGAAAGUUUUUAAAAAGAUUCAAGGUCUAAAUAAAAGCUUUUUGUUACGUUGUGCAGUUUAAAAACAACCAUUUAGGUUCUCGAAAAUUCAUGUAAAUAAAAAUCACAUUGUGAAAAUCUCUUUGUUUAAAUAUUUUAAUUUAAAACUACCCGAUUUCCUGGAAAUGUUGAUUAUUUAAACAUGUGGGAGUUGUAAAACGGAAACUGGUGUAAAUAAAUGUGUUCUCUUUCAACGUG